AGCCCGGCUCCUCGCUUGCAGAGCCCCUACAGCAGCUGCGCAGGGGGAACGAAAUGGGGAAAUUUCAGGCAGAUUUCACUUUGAAACGCGGGAAGUGCAUCGCCCUCCCUGUGCUGCCCAGCCAGUGAGAGCCCUGAGCUGGGGCCGGGCACCCAGCCCUCACCGGGGCAAUUUCCCCAAAAGCCGCCGUUGCGCCACCACAGCCCCUGCUGCGCGCAGCCGCGUUGCAAAAGCAAACACCCAAGUGAGCAGCGUCCGUCCACCCGUCCGUCUGUCCAUCCGUCUGUCCAGUUUGCUCGCUCCUCUCCCUCAGGCAGCCAUGGCACGGGCUGGCAUCGCCGCCGUCCUCGUCCUCACGGCACUGCUGCCCGCUGCAGCCGCUCCCUGCGAGCCCGCACAGCCGCAGAGCCCUGCCAACGUGACGGCACCGGGGCUGCUGGGGACGUGGUGGUACGUGGCCGGGGCCGCCCAGCUGCCCCAGCACCUCCUGGAGCUGCUGCUCAUCGACCACGGCCACCUGCGCGUGGAGCCCGGCGCCGGGGGGCAGGAGCUGCUCGUCACCCAGCACGUGGCCGCGGGCGGCCGCUGUCUCUCCAGCAACUCCUCCUACUUCCACCUCCCUGAUGGUGGUGGCACGGCGCUGGUGAAGCACGCCACGACCCAGCAGACCAUGGGGACGCUGCUGAACCUCAGCUCCGAGGACGUUUUACUCAUCCAGCACCAACUGCAGAAGGAGAGGACGUAUUCGGCGCUGUAUCUCUACGCCCGCAAUCAGACCGUGAGCGAGGCCCAGCGGGAUGAGUUCGCCCGGCAUGCCCAGCGCCUGGGUCUCAGCGAGGGGGAGAUCGUGUACGCGCCCUGGAGGCAGGAGCUGUGCCAAGGUGAGGAAACCCAGGAUGGUGGCGCCCCAGGCACGGCCCCUCCAGCCACAGGCCCAGCGUCACCAGCACCGAGUGGGGCCGGGAGCGCGAUGAACCAGCAGCAAUAAAUGCUUCACCACAACACGGC